AUGCCAUUCCACCAUGUGCGGGCGGGCCUGCUCUAUCCAGACAACUACCUGAGCAGCUCCCUGACGGAAGGCAGUGAAGCCUUCCAGCUCAACAGCAUCUCCACAGAGGAGCUGGGAGAGAUCCGUGAGGCAUUUCGUGUUUUGGAUCGAGAUGGGAAUGGUUUCAUCUCCAAACAGGAGCUGGGUAUGGCCAUGCGCUCCCUGGGUUACAUGCCCAGCGAAGUGGAGCUGGCCAUCAUCAUGCAGAGACUGGACAUGGAUGGGGAUGGCCAGGUGGACUUUGAGGAGUUCAUGACGAUACUUGGGCCCAAACUGCUGUCAUCUGACAACAGAGAAGGAUUCCUGGGCAACACUAUCGACAACAUCUUUUGGCAGUUUGACAUGCAGCAGCUGUCUCUGGAUGAGCUGAAGCAGGUGCUGUUCCACGCCUUCCGGGACCACCUGACAAUGAAGGACAUAGAGAACAUCAUCAUCACCGAGGAGGAGAGCCUCAAUGAAACCUCAGGGAACUGCCCUGAGUAUGAGGGAGUCCAUCCUAAGAAGAAGAAUCGACAGACGUGUGUCAGGAAAAGCCUGAUAUGCGCCUUCGCUAUGGCUUUCAUCAUCAGUGUCAUGCUCAUCGCAGCCAAUCAGAUGCUGCGGAACGGCAUGGAGUAA